AUGGCUGGCAGAGGCAGGGGGCGGGGGAUGGCCCAUGUCCCUGAAGCCCCGGACCCGAAUGACAGCGUGAUCAAGGCGUUGUUGCAGCUUCAGGAGGACGGGGACCUCACUAGCUUCCUGGAAGUGGCCGCAGUAGACCUGAACCAGGACAUAGCCGUUGCCAAGUACCGAAAGACGACGCCCUUCGACGCUCUCCUGAACGGCUUGAGGAAAUCCGAGUCCUUGGCCACUGCCUCGGGCCUGGAGACGAUCCGAUUGGCCGUGUCUCUCGGCGCGCAGUGGACGGUUCCCAGCUUCCUGAAGCUGCUCCGGGGCCUCAUCGAGCUCCGCGCCGUGAACGGGGCCCAGGGCCGGGAGCUCCUGGACUUCGCCCUACAAACGGGCGCGCGAUGGGACCCCGGCGAGGAUGAGCCUGUGUCUCGCGAUGAAGUGGCCUUCCAGGCCAUGGUGCCUCUGCUUCUGGAGGCCGAGCUUCUGGACGAGCCUGCCUCCAUGGAACUGUUGGAGAGAUCUUUGGCAGAGUGUCGGCUGCAGAAUGUCAUGGGAGUCAGGUUGGAGGGCGGUGGGAACAUCUUCUCCCAUCUGGUUGGCGAUGCAGUUUGCUGGGGCGUCUUGGGAACGCCGAAAGGGGAUGCCCUCAUCGACCUCGCGAUGGCGCAUGGGGCCGACUGGGCCUCCCUGGACGGCUGGAGCCUCACCCCCUUCGAGGAGAUCCCCCGCCUGGCCUUGAGAAGAGACCCAAAGCACAAGACCCCGAUGUCGCCGGAGGCUGCGCUGGCCUAUGCCCGGAAAGUGCUACAAGGUCAUCCGCAGCCGGGUCUCUUGUGGAACGGCACGAGGAAGACGCGGACGGAGGAGGACCCCUUUGAGUCCCAGGGGGCCUUGCUUCCUCUGCUCCGGACUUUGGCCGAACAGAAGCGCGUUGGGGAGGCGAUCUCUCGGAAAUGGUUGAAGAUGGCAGAUGAGACCGGGGCCAAGUGGGAUGCCAUUCACUGGAAGUGUUGCCGGAAGCAGCAAGUUUUCAAUUUGAACCUCAUGAAGUGGAAGAUCUGGCAGAUCGGCCGGGUCAGUACUUUCCACUCCCUGGUGCAGGACCUUGCGGUGGCGGGCGCCUUAGAUCACCCCGAUGGGGUGGACAUCGUGGCCCGGGCGCUGGAAAAUGGCGCCGACUACCGUAUUGAUGAUCCGGAGCCUCCCGGGCCGAAGCGCCUCCCGGUGGAUAUCCCGGAGCUGGUGUGGAGCUGGCGAAGGGAGACCGUGCGCCUCUUGGCACUGCUGGCCUCUGGAAGGGCCGUCCCCAAGUCGGGAGAUCUGGUGGCUUCCCUGGUUGCGCUGGCCCAGUUCGUGCAGGGGGCGGCGCACGCCUCAGCUCUGCAGGUUCGGCAUCCCAUUGUGGAGUCGAUACUGGGAUUUCUUCCUCGUGUCCCACCGGUGCUGGGUUAUGAGUUCACGGGCUAUAACGAGGUGGCACACCAUCCACAACCCGUUCGAUGCUAG